CACAAUAUGUAUAUUUACAGUGAGCAACGUGCACCAGUCCCCCUCGGUCUAGAUAUGCCGCAAAUUCUAUACAGGGACUCGCGAGGGGGCAAAAAUGUGAUACAUCAUCACUAUAAUAAACUAUCUAGUAUUUCCACUUGCCUCUUAAGUGACACAACCUCAAGAUAACGAGAGAGUUUUCUACAUUGUUUACUGCACACCACAUUUCUUAACUGAAUCUCAACCACGGGAAAGUAGCCAAGGGCCACUAUGACAACCAAAGCUUGAAAUAAGGCGGGAUAAUUGUUCUGUGUGUGGUGUGUGAACUACACAGCACACAGUCUGCAACCAUGAAAAAGGAGCCAGAAUUACAAGGGCUACUUUGGUAGCUAAGAGCUCGAAAUAACAUGGGAGUCUUCUGUCUAAGUGUUGCGGUAGUUAACGUUGAAUACACACCACACAAUUCUGCACUUCUGCACUAAAACUCACCGAUUAUGAGAGAUCUGGAACUCUUAAGAGCCACAUUGGAAUAACAUACGAGCAUAAAAAACACAGGGCCUCACCGUUGACUUCACACCAAACAGUUCUCCACUGAAACUCAACCGUGCUAAACAGAGAGCCACUCUGGUAGCAGAGAGCCCGGAAUGGAACGGGAGAAGUGCUGUCCUGUUUGUGGGCUAUGCAGUUUGACUUCACUGUUGAUUUAAGAUGAAUGAUUUGGAACUCCUCAUGUCCACUUUUGAGUAAUAGCAGACAAAAAACCAGAAAAACUACGAGAAAUGCUGAAUGUGGGCCGGUCAUUUUACUGCUUGACUCCCACUGCUUCCAUACUACACAGUUCUGCACUCAAACUCUCAACCAUAAUAUAGCAGCUGAACCUCCAGGGCCAGUCCCUGGUAGCAGGGAGCCCGAGGAGAAGAAGACAGGAAUGCUGUUCUGUGUGUGUGGGGGAAGGGGAGCUACAGCAUAGCAAACCACAAAGUUCUGGGGUCAGACUCGAAUGAGCUGGGAACUCCGAUGUUCACUAUGAAGUAGCGGGACCGGUGGUAACACGAAAUCUAUAAUAUUUUCUGUGUGUAGAUACACGGUUUGAGUUCACUGUCCAAUUCCAUACCACACUCACUCAGACUCAACCAUACAGGGCCACUCUGUAGCAGGGGGCCGGAUGUAAGAACGGAGGAGUGAUGUUGAGUGUGUGUCGGUGAACAACUCUCAAGUUGGUUGCACACUACACAGUUGGCUGUCACGAGUGUUCGCUUUCCACAUUAUCUCUCUCUAGUCCUAGGAGGUGACACAAAUUACAAAAUUCUGUUUGUUUGUGGAACACACAGAAUUUACAAGGUUGGACAUUACUAUGGAGAGGGAAAUUUUCUUGGAUUGCCUGGAUCAUUGGUGGAUCCGUGUGUGUUCCAAAAACACAGAAUUUUUUUUAUUUGUGCUAGUAUCAAUGGGGAAGCCAGUAUCUAAGGAGGGGGGGCAAUGCUUUUAAUUGGGCACCGCAGUCAAACAUUUAUCAUCAAACUCUUCCGCCAGAUACUCGUCCAUGUUCUGAAGCACAUCCGGUUGGAAAACCUUCGCCCAUAUGAUUCCAUGGCGAUCUUGCAGACUGUGCUGCUCUCGCAUGGCCCCGCCGUUCAUCAUCAAACUCUUCCGCCAGAUCCUCGUCCAUGUUCUGAAGCAAAUCCGGAUAAUCGGUGUCGAGAAGAAACCAGCGCUCGCUGGCCCUCGUUGACAGACUAGGCCUCCUAUUGGCCCGGCAAUCGGGUCUGAAGGUGCUCGAUUUGACAGUUUUGAGAGUUCAUGUACAGAAGGCGUGUCAAGGGGGCCAAGUUGCUGGCUCGGCCUGCCAAGUGAUGAGGUAGAAGAGAAGCGGAGGUGGGAGGGCCGACCGAAGCGGGGUGCACAAUUUCCACAGGCUCUGCUCUUAGUCUUCGUUGAGAAUCUUGGAUAGUAGGAGACUUGGAAGCACGUAGAAGGUGUGGUUUCUUCUAAGAUCCACGGUACUUAGCCAUCGAAUCGAAUUGGUGUGAGCUUUUAAUGUUGGCCGGAAGUGUGCAUACAGUACCCGAAUCUGUGUCAUGAGCUCUGAUGAUGGAAGCUUAUUGGCUGAGAAGCAUCAACAGUAUCUUCCUCAAUCGGGCUUGUCUGUUCAUUGACACUUGCGUGCAAGGUGCGCUGCCGCAGCAAGCUGCAGGCGCGUGCCGGCAUCACUAGUGAGGGUCCAUUGAAGAAGCAUAAUGAGGCAUUUCCGGCAGAAAUUGCCUUAAAUGACUCAGUACGCUACUUCAUUGGGGCGAAGCCGUCUGCAUCCACCGAUGAAGUUCAUUAGCGAUGUAAGUCGUGACAAUCAGCGUCACGUAGCAGUGCAUCUUGAGGUCUUGGGGCCAGUCGAGACUCGAGACGGCAUCUUCUUGCCUUGUUUCGGAACACGCUUGCAACAUACGCCAGUAGCGGUGGUUUGUGACGUCCAUCGAGGGUGUAGUACCUUGCUCAAAACUGCUAUGAGUUUGCUGUAUGAGUGCGAGGGUGUAUGUGGAGAAGCUGGAGUCUUAGCUGCUUGAUGCAAGAAGCUGAGAUCUUGAGGCUCAUCCGUGUGCACUGAGCUGCACACUCUCAUACCUGUGAGCGUCUCAUGCUGUCUGCGCAUCAGCAACGCCUCGAUCCAGGCUUCUUUCAAACUUACAGAGACGGUGUAACAAACACAUCUCUCGACCUCAGCGCACUGGCCAUGCAUUUGAUACCAGUCCAUUGCUGUUGCGCUCGUUAACGGUCUCCCACCAAGUCUGCACCUUCAAAGUUUGUAAACAAUCUUCUCUUCAAGUCCUCGAGAU